AUGUCCAAAAACUUGAAAAGAAAACAACAACAAAUUUUAAAAAAACAAAGAAAUCAAAUUAAAAGAGAAAAAGAAUUAACCAAAGCAUUAGAUUUUCCAUUACAUCAUUCUGUUAAAGAGUCUUUUGAUUUAGAGCAAUAUUUGUACAUUAUUUUAGAUGAAAAAAAGUUUCAGACAAUUUAUGAUUCACGCCAAGAUGAAUUUACAACUUCUCAUAUUUUUCAAAGCUUAUAUUCUCGACAAAAAGUUGUAAUUUUUUAUUGUUUAUCAAAUGGAGAUGUGUUUGGGAGUUAUCAUACUUCUUUACCUAGUUGUUCUCAAAUAAUGUCAAGUCUACAUCCAUUAAUUCAAUGGGAAGAUCCUAAAAUGGUGUUAUUUUCUUUUCUUUAUAAUGGUAAAACUAUAAACCCACCAGUCAUUUGGAAGGUUAAAAAUAAACGUCUCGCAUUUCUUUCUUUCUGUAAAACAGAUAAUCAAAAGAAUUUUAUUAUUAAUUCUACACUACGUUUAAAUUCUAAACUUAAUAAGGAAUUUAGUUUUCUUUCUGAUCAAGCCAACACCUCUUUUUAUACUCAUGGCUCAUUCUUAACAUCACCACAAUUUGUACUUUCUCGUCUUAUGAUUUCUGAAAUUACAUCAGUUUUUGACUAA